AUGUCCGACUACGAGGUGAACCUCGUGAACGAUAGUAUGCAAGAAUUUUAUGUUCGUUUCUACGGGCCUGCAGAAACACCGUUCGCCGGCGGCGUCUGGAAGAUUCACGUAGAGCUACCCGAUCAAUAUCCGUUCAAGUCGCCUAGCAUCGGAUUCAUGAACAAGAUAUUCCAUCCGAACAUUGACGAGCUCAGCGGCUCCGUAUGUCUGGAUGUCAUCAACCAGACGUGGUCGCCUAUGUUCGACAUGAUUAACAUCUUUGAAGUCUUCCUGCCACAGCUCUUGCGUUAUCCAAACCCGAAUGAUCCACUGAAUGGCGAGGCAGCCGCGCUGCUUAUGCGACAUCCAAAGGAGUAUGAUGGCAAGGUUAAGGAAUAUGUACAACGUUUUGCAACAAAGGAAGCUGCCGACGCCGCAUUAGAAAAGGAGGAUGAAGACGGCGAGGACGAUGAGAUGAGCGAUGUCGGCAGUAUCAGCGAGGACGAAGACGGCAUGGAGCCUUAA